GAGCUAUUCUGUUCCAGGAAGCUGCAUAAGGAGCAAUCUACACUUGCAUUUUUGAUUUCUGACUCUCUUGAUGAAAAAUUUCUUGCAUAAGUUUGUUAAUUGUGAAAUGGCUUUUCCAGGUUUGGAAGAUUUCACACAUGAUGAUGUUUUAUUACUUUGAUCAACAGAGGAAUAACUAAGCCCUGGAUUUCUCCAUUCCAAUCAACUUUUUAGGAAGCUUUAUGUUUCUUUGAAUGCUUUCAUCACUACCAGCAAAGAUAAGAGACUAAAAUACCCUUCAAGAAGUGACAUAUAAUCUGUGAGGCAUGUAGCUCCAGACAGGCCUGUUCAAGAUGUAUCGAAUCUCCCACCUAAUGUCAACACAAGCAGCAAGUUCCUCGGUGUCUGAUAAAGAGCCCAAGCCAAGUCUGUCCCCUGAACACAUUUUGCCAAGUUACUCUUAUGCCUUUCUGAGUCGUGACACCUCGUAUGAAUGUUGUUCCAUAAACCCUUUGACGGGCUCAUUUUUCACAUGUCGCCGCAGUCCUCGGCUUCUUACUAACGGCUAUUAUAUUUUGACGGAAGACAGUUUUCUGUCUGACGACGACGGUAAUGUAACACUGACCCCAUCACAGACCAGUGUUACUUAUAAGGAGAAAUUAGUUAGAAUAUUCAGGAGGAGGAAGAAAAUCCGUCGCUCUCUCACCAGUCUGUUCAGGCUCAGUGCCUCAGAUUCAUGGCUCAACAGCACUGUCCUUAGCAACAUGGAUUCUCCUCAUGUAGACGAGACUUGGAACGACGGAGAUAGUAAACUAGAUGUCAAUCAGCAAUAUGGCAAUGAUGACUCUGAAUUUUCUUCUGAAUGCAAAACCUGGAUGUCACGAAAGCAAACAUCAAAAGCUGAUGAAUCCUCUUUUCCGAAUGAGGUGGUGUUCACUCAGCCAAGAAAACAUUUCAGUGAUUUGUCUCAUUGCUCCCAAUUUACGGUAGAUGAGUAUUUCCAUGAGGAGACUUUGGGUCAUUCAAGAUCCAAUGCAGUGAGAAAUGUCAUUUAUCAAAUGAUUAUGCUGUCCAUGUGUUUAAUCAUUUCAGUGUGUGCAAGGUGGUUUCUGGGAGGACGUUUUGCUACUUUGCUGGUCUUUUUGCUUCUGAUAAUUUUAGUUUAUGCUGACAAGUCAUCUUUCAUCCGUCUCUUCACAUCUUUCAAAACUACCAAAUUAUGGAAAUAAUUGAAAGAAUGAACUGUGAUUUUGAAGGCAGGAAAAGGGGUGUUAGAAACACAAGAAAUGAGAGAGUGGAAAUGAACUGUGCCAGAAUAGUCCUUCCUGUCACUGGAGACCAGAAGUGCUACCUACACACAAGUCAGGAAUCAGAAGGUUGCAAGAGCAGUUGGAGAGGACAGAAUCAUAAGGUUAAAGUAACACAGAGUCCAUGACCUUUAUCUUUAAAGCACCAAGCCUUAUUUUUCUGACAUUGGAUGUAAAAGAUGAUGCUAAACAUUAAUCCCCUCAAGUGAUCAGUGAUCACUGUUCUGUGACUAUGCUAUCUCAUAACUGGUUUGUUUUACCUGCCAAAUAUGCCAAUUCAGUCAACACAGCAUAGAUUUUCACCUCCCUGUGCUAUAAAAUGAUGAAAAUAUGAUCAUUCUACAAAAUAUUUUGCUACCAUCACUGCUUCCAAUCUGCUUAUCCAUCACUGUGAUAAAACUGGAACCAGUGGAAGCCACAGCUGCUAAAUAUGACCUGUAAUGCUGCCUAUGGAAAGGCUAACUCCACAGGUAUGAUGAAAACAGGCUGGCAGGCACAGUAGAAGUAUCAAUAAACUGUUGUAAAAAUUAAUUUUAAAAAGUUGAAGGUUCUGAUGAAGAAAAAAAAAGGAAAUGAUAAAUCACUGUUCAGCUUCCUUUUUGUAUUUUAUAGUUUCCCUCCUUUAUAGCCAUCCUCAGACAGGACACAUUUGUGAGUGAAUCCCUGGGGAUGUGGGGAAAUGAGAGAAAGCAUAGUUGCAAUUAUUUAAAACAAAGAUGCCAGCCUAUCAAGGGGUAAAUAUCAUUCUGAUUGUAUUUUGAAUGUAAGAUUUAAUAUCAAGCAGAGGAAACAGUCACGUUUUCUAUUUAGGAUCUUAAAAUACUGUUGUUGAGUAUGUUAAAUAUUUCCCUGAUAGAAAUAGUCAGGGUGAGAAUCUUACAGUCCAGUAUUUGUAAUUUAAAUAAAGACAACAGGGCAUACUUCAGGCAAAGAAUCCUAAAGUAAAGGAAAAUUGUUUCACAUAAUAAUAAAUAAUAAUAUGAUGCUAAUAGGCUCCACUCAACUCCAUAUUCUUCUUGUAGUACAGAUAAGCUAGAAUAAUUCUGUGAAUAUUACAUAAUUCAUCUUCUUUAUUCACUGAAUAAGAGUCUACUACAAAUGGACAGAUUGUACUGUACAGCAUUUAUAUAUAUUUUGUGUUACUUAUGAUAUGCUAGGUAUAAUGGGCCCUCUUUUAAAUGGACUUUUUAACCUAAUGAGGAUAAAAUUAUCUUUAUUUUUAAAAUAAUUUCUAGGAAUUAAUUAUGAAAAUAUAAUCAAACUUUUUAUUGCUUUGCUGGAAUAAAACACUGGAUCACAGUUAAUCGAGGCUGAUGAAAGACUAAAGCCAACAUUUUGUAACGUGGAUGCCUAAAUCCAUAUUUAGGCUCCUAAAGAAUAGCAGAUUUAUUUUAGAAGUGCUGAGCAUCUGCAGCUUCUAUUGAGAGGAGAAUCAAGCUCACUCGGGGCAUUCAAAACAGUGUUUCUAGUGAAGUACAAACACUUAUUGAUUGCCACUUGGUGUGACAUUUGUAUACUAUGAGAUGGCUACUGGAAUUUAAAAUUUUGAUCUUCAGUAAUUGAACUCUUGGUCAAUUUUAAUGUAUUAAAUUAAUUAAAAUACAAAUCCACUGAGGAAUUUUGAAGAUGAACAAGAAUAAUAAAUAUAUCACUUUUGGCUGCUGUAAUUCUUGUUCACCAAGCCCUGAUCUGUUGUUUAAACAUUCUUUCCUGUGUAAAAUCAAAUUUCAGGUCCAGUCCUUCAAACAUUUCAUACCAGACAUAUUGCUUACUGCAGUGAGGAGGCUAGGUUCUCAACAUUAACAAGCAUUAUGCUCAGCAGUGUUUGUAGGAGCCCUUAUAUUGUAAGCUCUUUGAAGUAGGGACAAGUCAGUUUUUAUCCAUCUGUGAAGCACCAGAUACACCUGUGGAACUAUACUAACAACAGCAGUAGCCCUCAAAAAAGAGGUGUAGUAAAAAAGAAUACCAGCACAUAAAAGAGGUACGGACUUUGGAACCACUUGUAUUUUAUAAUAAAAUGCUUAUAUAUUAGAAUGUAAAUAGAGAACAAUUAUUACUUCCUUUUUUUCCAGGUAUCAAAGAAUCUUGCUAAGAAUUGCACACAUUUGUCAAAUUGGCAUGCUUGUUAUAUCUUUGUCAUUCAGGGUACGUCUACACAGCAGCGUUAUUUCAGAAUAACUGAUGUUAUUCCAA